UCUCCCAAAAAAUGUCAUCGCUGCAGUUUCAAGAAAAAUCAAAGAUUAUUUCGGUACAGCAUUUUUUCACAAGAAUAAGUUGAAAUCCUCCGUUCACUUCAAGGAGCAGUUUCGUUCUUUUCUCAUUCAAAACUAUUCCACUCAACAUUACAUCUUCAGUUUAAAUUGAUCACCUAAUGGAACUGAAAGCACUGGAAUAUAAUGCUGCAGGCAUGAGCUGUGGCUUGUGAAAGUGUAGAACUCGAGGAAUGGAAAGUGACGAAAUCGGAAAACCCUUAGAGCAAACCACAAGUUCCAUCCAUAGUCUGAUCCGAAAGAUUACACCAUCACCGUGUACAAGCCAAAGGAGUAGCACUUCCUCGCGUCGAGAAAGGAUACCAGACAAACCUAGAUCUGGUAGUUUGAGCCUAUGGGGAUUCCUGAAAAACUGCAUAGGCAAAGAUCUGUCGCAAAUUUCUCAACCGAUAAAUUUCAGCGAGCCCUUGUCGCUGCUCCAAAGGUUAACGGAAGAGUUGGAAUACUCUGAACUUCUGGAUAAAGCUGCAAGUUGUUCAUGUCCAUACGAACAGCUCGCUUAUCUAGCUGUGUUCAUCGUUGCGGGAUACUCUGGUUGUACCAGGAUAACCAAACCUUUCAACCCACUCCUUGGGGAAACGUUCGAGUUUGAUCGAACUGCUGAUCUUGGAUGGAGGGUUAUAUCUGAACAGAUUUCGCAUCAUCCGCCUGUUGCUGCGCACCAUUGCGAGGGUAAGGGUUGGAUUUUAUGGCAGGAAUUCACAUUCGAGACAAGGUUCACCGGAAACGAUAUACAGGUCACCCCUUGUGGCGAGGCUAACGUAGAAUUCCAGGAAGGAAAUUGUUUCAAGUGGAACAAGAUUAUAACGACUGUUCAUAAUUUCCUCAUAGGAAGUUCAUGGGUGGAUCACCAAGGUGUUGUGGAGGUAAUCGGUAAGAAUAAUACCGAAGGCAUCAUCUGCAAUUUAGACUUCAUCCCAUAUGGUGGUAGUUCCUUGAGGAGAAUCAUCAAGAGCGAAAUGAGAAGAGUUAAAGGGCAAGUUUCCGAUGCUAACGGUGUCACCAAAUGGAAAAUUGAAGGGAAUUGCGACGAAGAAGUUAGGAUAACGGCUGUUUUAUCCGAAGAAAAGGAAACGAUGAUAUUGGAUGAACCAAGGAUUGCUUGGAAGUCCAACGUACUUCCAGAAGGUUCAGAGAAUUACUACAGUUUCAGUAAGUUCGCGUGCCAGUUGAACGAGCCUGAAGAUGGGGUGGCCCCUACAGAUUCCCGACUGAGACCAGAUCAGAGGUUCAUGGAGGAGGGUAAAUGGGAUGAGGCCAACCAGGAGAAGACCAGGCUGGAGGAAAAACAGAGAAGAGUCAUCAGGGAGAGAUUGGAGCUUGAAGAUGAGGAAAUGAAGUAUUAUCACCCCAUCUGGUUCCACCCUUUUCUCAAAGAAGAUGGAAGUCGCAUCCACAAGUUCAACGGAAAUUAUUGGAAGAGCAAGGAGCAGCAAGAUUGGUCCAAAUGUCCGGACAUCUUUUAGUUAUUUUUUGUUGUAUUCGAAUAAGAAUGUCAAUACAGUGAUUCGUCAAGA